UGAAUGCAGCAUUUUCCCCGCAUCAACCUGCCCAGUUAGCCGUUUAGUCCGUUUGUCUGUCGCACAGGUGUGUGUCGACUCGUCCUUUCGUGUCAAAUGUCGAAAACUCCAGAUGAGAAACUAAAUGCCCGGUGACUAGAAUGUUUCCUCGGACUCCCUAAACCAAACCGGAAUGUUUGUGGGAACAAAAAAAAGGCAGAGCUAACGGGUCGUAACGUUAACAUGUUAGCCCCAGUACGGCAGGUGCACCGCGGCUUCGAGGUUUGUAACGUUAGCCGCAUUGUUUGCGACACAGUUAGCUUGUACAGCUCUGGAAAUCAGUAUUUCAGCUUUACCAAGACGGAACAUAAGUACCUACGUUAUCAAGGGUGAAGCUCUAAAUCAGGAAACCUGCAGCCUCUCUCCCUUUUCUACCCACAGUCAUCUCUCUCUUACCUCCACUAUCUUAUAUCCUAACCCCAAAUACUGUUUUUACACUUCUAUCCAUCCUUAUCUUUCUCACCACCUUUUAAUCUCCCACGAGCUCCACCCUACUCGCCUCUCUGACCUCCCCGGGUGAUUACUGACAUGGCCUCGGCCCAGUCAGAGCAGUCCAGCGUCCUGCAAGAGGAGCUCACCUGCCCAGUGUGCCUGGACUUGUACCGCGACCCCCACUUGCUUCCUUGCGGCCAUAACUUCUGCAAGAACUGCCUGGACCGCCUAAGACGGCAAGCGGAUCGAGGUCGCUUCCGCUGCCCGGAGUGCCGUGACAGUCACCGGUGUGGCACCAACUUUCAGAAAAACUUCAAACUAGCCAAUAUUGCUGACGACUACCGUCACCGUAGCAGAGCCACCACUGCAGCCGCUGCAGCUGCGGCUUUAAAGUCCAGAGAGUUGCUGUCGUCUUCUCUGUCAGUGCAUCAAGCCAGGAGUCUGUUUGCUGUUCCAUGUGACUACUGCCCCUCAGUCGCAGCCGAGGCAUCAGGUAUCAGUGCAGUUGCAGACGAGUCUUCUGCUGCUUCGGUUUCUCUGGAAGGGGAUGACAAGCAGGAAGCUGCUGCUGCUGCUGCUGCUGCUGCGGCGUCAAUGUUUGCGGUCAAGACGUGCCUGAAGUGUGAGGUGUCGAUGUGCCAGGAGCAUGUAAAGCCACAUCUGGAACUGCCGGCGUUCCGGGAGCAUCCACUGACCGAACCGAUGAACGACUUCUGGAAGAGAAAGUGCCCGUAUCAUGAUGAGAUAUACAGAUAUUACUGCAUGGAUGACAAGAUGUGCGUGUGCAAUGCCUGCACCAUAGAAGGAGGACACUCGGGACACACCAUCAAGACCCUGAAAAACACCAUGAAAGAUCUCAAGGGCACUCUGGAUAAGCAGCUGUACCGGGUUGAAAGGAAAUACAGCAUGGCAGAGAAAAAACUCCAGGAGCAGAAGGAGAAGGAGAGACAGAAUAAGAAGUUCAUGGACGACUCUGAGCAGUGCUUGACCAGGCUGGGUGAGGACAUGAAGGCCAAAGUACUCCACUUUGUCACCAAAUUGCAAGAAUGCGCGCGCACUCAUUGUGACACCAACGGGCCGGCGAUUCAGAAGAACAUCUCCAGGAUCUGCCAGGACCAGGCCCGUCUGCAGGAGGUCCGCUGUGGCAUCGAAAACCUCAUGCAGGAAAGCGACCCUUUCCGCUUCAUCGAGGCAUACAAGACCACAGGGAAACAGUGUCGUAGGCAGCUGAGGAAGAACAUGUUCUACCCAGAAUACGUCGACAUGGAGACGGAGGUUCUUGGAGUGAUGAUGGAAGAGGAAAUGAGGAAAUUCCUUGAUGAGGAACUCCCGUGUCACAUUGUCGCUGCCAUUAACUCCCUGUGUCAUCUUUCAGAUCUCGAGGAGGAGGAGGACCAGGAGGAGAACGAGGAAGAGGCUGUGGAGGAGGAGGACGACGACGAUGACAGCAGCGUGGAGGAAAUGAGGAGCGAGGGGGAGGAGGAAGAGGAGGAAGAUGAGGAGGAGGAAGAAGAGGAGGAGGAAGGACAAACCGACAGUGCGCUGGCUUAUCGUCUUUACAGUCUAGGGGAGGAGGAGGAGGAGGAGGAGGAAGAGGACGAAGAAGAGGACGAGGAUGGAGAGGAGGAUGAUGAGGAAGAGAGAGGAGUUUAACAGAGGACCGGAUUUGUAUAGAUAUAUUUUUACACCUCUUAUAGCACUUUGGACUUGAUCCUUAACUGCGGGUGAACAGAUGUUAAGGUUGUAACAUCUGUUUCAGUGUUGCACCCGUCUUCUCUUUGAAUGUCCCGUGUACAGUUCAGGACUCGAGCAGCUACCACAUUUUGCCUCAAACCCUCCUACAAUAUUCUGAGAUGACACACUGGAUGAUAAGAGCGCUGGAUUUAAACGUGACUGUGCACUGAGAAUCUGCCAACGUGAACGUCACGCUCAACCUGUGUUGCAUACUGCUCAAACUUAACUACGGUGCUUUAUAGUCGACGUUUGCUGCAUACGGAAACACACAGACGUGAAUGUAUAAUGACAGGAUGUGGCUCAAGGACUCAAAACACCUCAAACUGAAAUUGGCAAAACCUCUGCAAGUCUGUAAUGCCGGAUUUCUUUUUACCACUUUGCUAAGAAUUUUACAAAAUAUUAGGAAUUCGCACAAAACAGAAUUGAUUAGAUUUGAAUUUGUUUAAGAAAUUUUAUCCGUUCACGUGACUUUUUGAUAUAACAGGUGCUCAGCAGAGAGCUUCUGGAGAAACAAAUCCUUACAUUUUCCAACCAUACGUAAGAAACUGUUGAGUUUUCCCAGUUCUCAUCACCAUAGAAAGCCUUUUGAUCUGUAUCCUUGUAAACAGGCCAACACAUUUUAACUGAAGGUGAGCGGACACACUAGGCUAGUAACAAUCUACGUGAC